AUGUUGCUGCUAAGCCAAGCUCCAGGAGGAGCCUUAUCGGCCAAACGAUGCACUCCACUCAAAUUCGCCCACCAAAACCAACCAUUGUUCUUGAAUUCCCCCAAACCCAAAUUCAUUUCCAGAAAACGACCACCCUUUCCCCUUACUCUUGCCAAAGCUGAAGGAGGUUUAGAUUCCACUUCUGCAACCAAACAACCACUCUCUACCAACAAUCCAACCCCCUCUCCUUCAACGCCAGCUCCAUCUUUCAAUAGCAACGACACUGUUUUUGUGGGUCAAGAGGAUGUUCCUUUAGAAGGCGUCAUUCAGUUCGAGAAACCCACUUCUUCUGGGCGUCUUGAAAAAUGGGGUCGUGUGGCUUUGCUGGCUGGUGGGGAUGUGUUGGCUUUGCUCUUCUUCUCUGCAAUUGGCAGGUUUAGCCAUGGUUUCUCUGUUUUUGACUUUCAGACGCUACGCUCUGCUGACCCUUUUAUUGCUGGGUGGUUUCUUUGUGCCUACUUCCUUGGGGGUUAUGGUGAGGAUGGUCGUGGAAUGAAUGGCCUGUCUAAGACUGUUAUUGCUGCUGCUAAAUCAUGGGCAGUGGGGGUUCCUCUAGGAAUGAUUAUAAGGGCAGCAUCAUCAGGUCACGUUCCACCAUAUGCCUUUAUCUUAGUAACAAUGGGAAGCACAGGUGUUUUACUUAUUGGAUGGAGAGUGCUAUUAUCCAGUGUUCUCUCCAAUAAUCAGACUAAGAAGAAUGAUGUAUACCGGCGUGGUAGCCCAUUUGAACUAUUCGAGGAUUUCUUUCCUUAUCUCCUGCAGGAACUCAAUGCUUCUAGUAUUUCAUACCUAAUUACUGGUUCCCUGGAACUUUGGCUUCUGAGUAGAGCACUGUGUAGAAAGAACAUGAAGUUUUCUCUAUGUAACAGCCAUUGUAACCGAAACUUACUUGGGAGGCCUUCCCGUUCUCCUCCAUUCUCUGCCAUUCUCUUGGCAGAAUACUAUUGGAAGGAAAAAGAAUGUGAAGUGUCCAACUUAUAA